GUAAAAUGUUUCCAAAUAGUAGUACAAAAAAUGAAGUUGAGAACUUAGAGACGAUAUCUGUUGUAUCAAACUCGCAAAACCUAGAUCCAAGUACUAAUUUGAAGCGUAAUCUCAAAGAUAAGCAUAUAUCCUUGAUUGCAUUGGCAGGAAUUAUUGGACCUGGUAUUUUAGUUGGUGCAGGUCUUGCUCUUCGAAAUGGAGGACCAGCAAGUUUGAUUAUUGGGUUUGGGUUUGUAGGAUUAGUUGCUUUCAGUAUGAUGCAAUCUCUAGGGGAACUUUCUACUCUUUACCCUACUGGAGGGGCAUUUUCCACAUAUGGUAAUAAGUUUGUUGAUCCAGCAUUUGGAGGUACAGUUGGUUGGAAUUAUGUAAUUAUUUGGAUCGCUGUUCUUGCAAAUGAAUAUAAUACGGUAGCUGCUAUCUUACAAUUUUGGGGACCAGAGGUUCCUCUUUAUGGAUAUAUUCUUAUCUUCUGGUUUGCAUUCCUUGCAUUCCAAUUCUUGGGAGUGAAAGCUUUUGGGGAAGCUGAAUAUUGGUUGGCAUUGUUUAAAAUUGUUGCAUUAAUUGCAUUCUAUAUUUUCUCCAUUAUUUAUGUAUCAGGUGGUGUGAAGGGAAGACCAAAAUUUGGCUUUCAAUAUUGGAAUGAUCCAGGUGCAUUCUCAAACGGGUUCAAAGGAGUUGCAAAUGUGUUUGUAUUUUCCUCUACAUUUUACGCUGGUACAGAGUCUAUUGCUGUUGCGGCAAGUGAAACCAGAAAUCCCUCAAAGGCUAUUCCAAGGGCAAUUCGACAAACAUUUUGGAGAAUUUUGUUUAUCUACAUGGGGGUUGCAAUUACAUAUGGGUUAACAGUUCCAUAUAAUGACGUCUCGUUAACUAAAGGUAGUAAAACCUUAAAAUCCCCUAUCACCAUUGCAUUGGUUCGUGCUGGUUGGGCAAAUGCUGGUCAUUUAGUAAAUGCAGUGAUUCUCGUGACGUGUAUUUCUGCUAUCAAUAGCUCGAUUUAUAUUGGUUCAAGAACAAUUGUUAGUUUGGCUGCAGAAGGUUCAGCUCCAUCAUUUUUGAAAAGAGUAAAUAAACAUGGGGUCCCAUAUGCCGCAGUCAUUUUAAUGAACUUGUUUGGUUUAUUAUCUCUCAUGAAUAUAAGUACAGGGGCUGCUGAAGCGUAUAAUUACAUUGUUAAUUUAUCGGGUGUUGCUGUAUUUAUAGUGUGGGGCGCUGUAUCAUACAUGCACUUUCGUUUCAGAAAGGCAUGGAAACUACAAGGUAGAUCUGUUAAUGAACUCCCUUUCAAGUCGUUAUGGUUUCCUUGGUUGACAUGGUUUGGGCUUGUCUUUAACAUUUUCUUGGGUUUAAUUCAAGGGUGGUCUUAUUUCAAACCAUUUGACGCAGGGAAUUUUGUUGAUGCUUACAUUUUGAUUCCGGUGUUUAUUAUUAUUUUUGCAUUAUUGAAGGUGAUCAACAAGACAAAGUGGGUAGACUUGAAUGAAGUUGAUUUGGAUGAAGGGAGAAGAAGUGACAUGGAUUAUGCGAUUGAAGAUUAAAGGGAAGGGUUGAUUUUAUUAAUGAAAUAAUACUUUGGAGAUUAAGAAUUAUGUAGCUGUGCAUAGAAUUUCA